UGCCUAAACCUUAUUUGUGCUAUACUCAUAGCCCUGGACGUGAAGCCCCCCCGUUCAGACCGACAUCAACUGCUCUUAUCAAAAACAAAGGCGCAAUAUGAAUAUGAUUACAUAGAAACCUUCGCGCAUCCCCGGCAUAUCCAUGAGUCCCUGUCUUUAUUGGUUAAAACUCUGGGUCAUGUCGCUUUGUGCCUCUUUGCAGCCCGAUUUCCUCGGUGGCAUCGCACCGAGGGGCUUAUAAAAUGGCCUCAAAUGUAAGCAGCCUAGACUUAUCUCAUUUCAGAUCCCAUGCCGUCUUCUUGAUCACCAAGAAGCCAUAUCUAGAACGCCAUGCCAAAACUGCCGAGAAUGCCGAAGAUACAGAAGUAUCCUUUAUCUAUAACAGAACUCACCAAGGAUGAACUGGACUCGAUCAUCAGCGUCCUAGUCAUGGGAGACAUGGAUGAUGAAACUGACGACAACAAGGCUGACGACAGUAAGACUGAGAAGGUUAACGCCCCCGUAACGCAUGACCUUGGCGAAGGCUGCGAUGCAGUAUCCACGGGCUCGGUCAGAACUACCAUCCGAAAUCUCCCCUGGAAGCUACGCCGAAGCAUGAUCAUGCAGUGGGUCCCUCAAUCCAAGCUAUUUCCCGCUGUCCUCUGCGAUGCCCAUGAAGACUUGAACCCUUGCAUCAUCAACGAUGCUUUCUACCUCCUCAAGCGCGAAGUCACACGUCGCCUGGCCAUCCUGAAAUGGUACGUAGAGUAUCUCACAGAGGAUAUCAAGGCAUUGACGCGCGCUCUCAACGCUAUCAACGGCAUGUGGGGAACCCCCCAUUCCAAGGCAGAACAUCCCAAAGAACUAGACAAAUUCCAGCAGAACAAAUGCGAAGCUUGCAUGAUCGCAAGGAUCGUGACUGCGCCACUCAGCCUGCAAAAUCUCCGUGCCGCGAUGUUGAGUCGCGGGCAAACGAGACGAAGCCAUCGGCCCCCGAGGCUUCUUGCGCUAAUUGAGGCGGGGAUUGAACAUUACGCAACCGCUUCCGAGCUGUAUUGUUGCAGCACUGCCAUGGCGUUAAGUGCCAAAACCGCUAGAAAAGCAGCGUACAAUUUCGCCAAAGCGCAAAGACGGAAACUGCCAAGAAGAGAGAGCACUGGCAGGCAGAUCCCCCGUUCUAUUGUCAUUUACUGGAACGCAAGCACCCCCCAUCAAACCGUGGGUGAGCAAAAAGAGCUCCUGGAAGACCUGGGAUGCCCGAAGGGAGAGCGCCCCAAGAGCUAUGACACCAUUGCUGACAGUAUUAUCGCAAAGUACUGCUAUACCCCGGAUGAAGCCGAUCCAGUGAGUUCGGUCGAGAGUAUACCACUCACCCGUCCAUUGGCGGUCAACUGUGGCGAAGGACGGUUGCUGUCGUUGACAUCGAGCGAUUCUGGUGAACACUGGGAUUUUGAGUCGCAAGAUCCUACCCUUCAAGAUGAUUCCAUGUGGCAAGAAAUGAUUCUGACCGCGCCAGCAGAAGAAUACCAGCCACUGAUGAAUAGCGUGUCAGAUCUAUUGCUUCUAAGCGAGAGUGGUGUAAGCGAUGGACCAGUGGAAAGAGAUGAAGACCAGGAAAGCGACAAGGACGGUGACUGCGAAAAUGGCCACCACCACGAUGGCUACCAGGGAGAUAGCGACGAGGACGGUGACGAAGACAGCAAUGAGGACGGUGACCACGAAGACGGUGACCACGAAGACGGUGACCACGAAGACGGUGACCACGAAGACGGUGACCACGAAGACGGUGACCACGAAGACGGUGACCACGAAGACGGUGACCACGAAGACGGUGACCACGAAGACGGUGACCACGAAGACGGUGACCACGAAGACGGUGACCACGAAGACGGUGACCACGAAGACGGUGACCACGAAGACGGUGACCACGAAGACGGUGACCACAAAAACAGAGACCACGAAAGUGGCGGCGAAGAUAGUGAUGAAGACGGCUACUACCAAGCUGAAGACCACGGAGAUGGUGAUGAAGGUAGCGACGAAGAUAGCAGCAAGGAUGGUGAUGAAGAUGGCGACCACCAAGCUGAAGACCACGAAGAUGGCAACGACGAUAGAGACCACGAAGGUAGCGAUGAAGGUAGCGACGAAGAUACCAGCGAAUAUAGCGAUGAAGACGACAACCACCAAGAUGGAGACCACGGUAGCGAAAAAGAUAACGCGCAGUCUAGCCGGCGCUCCUGGGCUGCGUUUCUGGGCCUGUGAUCGUUUUUGCGACACGAAAGAAACCGAUGUUGAAAUACCCAGCGUGAAGAAAGGCUUCGACCUGAUUUGGUGGACACAGAGUUAACAAGGGAUCUGCUGGCAGAUUUCCUUAUCUUUCGUAUGAGAAUGCCAUUUCAUUGUGUCGAACAUACGUCCUUGCCUGCAGAUUACUCAGUUUGAUGUAAGCCGUAGAAUCAGUAAAAUUUGUACAUAUCGGUGAAGACAAGUUGAGCGGAAUAGACAGAAGAAAGUGCUCAUCAAU